AUGCUGUGUUGUUAUUGGUGUAGCCGCUGGAGAGGAAAGAGCAGAGGAUGUCUUGGGGGCUUGAUCAUUUUAUCUGUCUGUGCAAGGAUGGCAAGGCAGAUUGAAGGUGGUCACGGCCAUCUCACGGAGAUGGUGCAAGCUGUCAAGAAUCACGGUGCUGGGGCACUACACUUCGCCUCCGGGUGCAAGAUGGCGGAAGUGUGCGAAUACCUGUUGAGGUUGUCCAGGUGGACGUGGAUGCUGUUGACCAAGCAGGUAGAACACCUAUGGUUUGGGCAAUCACUGCUGAUAAAAUUGGGGCAUUGUGAAAUAGUAGAACUCUUGCUCUCUAGGGGUGCUUAUGUCGAUCUAUUUUAUAUGGAUCAUGGGACUCCAUUGCAUGAUAAACAUAAGCAGGAUGUAACCGUGAAGAUUUUUUUGGAUCACAUGUAG